UUCAGUAGCUCUGACACUGAGAGAGAGAGGGUUUUAAUCCGAAACUGCCUUUGAUCAACAAAAAGUUUCGUGUUGUUUAUAUCUCGAUCUCGACGCGUAGAAUGUAGAAUAGUGGCGCAGGUGCUGCAGCUGCACAUUUUAUUGCAGUUCUGGUGACUGCCUGCAUUGAAUGAGACUUUUAAAGUGAACCGUGCGGAUUUUAGAAAUAUACAUCGAAUAGAAAUUGUGCUAGGCAAUGUAGACGCGUUAAAACGUGCAGAAUUGACUAUAAUUUUGACAUAAAAGUCAACCAUGGAGGUCAGAAAAGCGCUCACGUGUGUUUUGAUCAGCGUGUUUCUGUGGGCUGGUGACGCUCAGGACUCGGUACCUGAUUCAGUUUUGAACUGCUGCGAGGGAGAUGUCCUGUUUCUCCUGGACUCCUCUGGUAGCGUGUCCUCCUACGAGUUCUCCCGUAUGGUGGACUUUCUGUCGGAGCUCCUGCUGCCGUUCUCGCUCGGCCCGGAUCAGGUGAGGGUGGGACUGCUGCAGGUCGGGACAGAGCCCCAUCUCGAGUUCGGCUUCGACGCCUACAGCUCGCAGCAAGGCCUGCAGGCGGCCCUGGAGAGGACUAAACAGCUGAAGGGCGACACCAACACGGUAGAUGCUCUUCUGGUGGCUAGGAACCAGGUUUUGAAACCGGGGGUCCCGGGAGGUGCCAGACCGGAUCUUCCCAGGGUUCUGGUUUGGCUCACGGAUGGAGUGGAUCCCGGCGAUGUACGGGAACCAAUGACGAGGCUGCGAGACGAAGGGGUGGCUGUACUGGUGGUUUCCACUGGUCACGGGAACUUCCAGGUGCUGAGAGAGGUCACGAGUCCACCCACUGAGGAGCACCUGUUCUUUGUGGACAUUGACGAUAUCAACAUCAUCAGUGAAGACUUGAGGAACGCAAUUAUUGAGAUUAUCCGGGCCGAGAGGCUGCAGGUGAAGUCGGUCACUGCUACCUCGGCUCAGUUGGAGUGGAGGCCUGUGUUGGCUGGGACUGGCUACUACGAUAUCCAGUUUGGUCCCGUCCGAACAGGGCAGAUCGGAGGAAGUGUGGGUCCGGGCACCAGUCCUGGCACUGAUUCGGGUCCGUUUCAGAGGAUCACCCGGCCUGGAGACACCAGCUCGGCUCAGCUGACUGGCCUGCGUCCUGACACCACAUAUACAGUCACACUCACACCGAAGGCCAACCUGGAGUUCCUGAACUCGCUUCACGCCACCUUUACUACACAGACAGUGAACCCUCCUCAGCCAGAGGUGCAGACCCUCUCCACCGUGAGUGUGUCGGAGUCGAGCAGCAGGAGUGUGCGUGUGAGCUGGGCUCCACUGCUCCCUCACCUCAUACAGGACUAUCAGGUGGAGUAUUCAGCUCUUCCUUCAGGCCCGCUCCGGGUCACCAGCGUCAGUAACAGGCAGAACUCCACCGUCCUGACCGACCUCCAGCCCGACACAACGUACCUGCUCACCGUGAGCGCGAGGCAGUCCAACGGCAAAGAGAGAGCCAUGUCAGUCAAAGCCUGUACACAGGAGGAGGAGGAGGUGUUGCCGGCUCUCUCGGAUCUGCAGCUGACCACAGUGGGCGAUGAGUCAGUACAGCUCCGGUGGAAGGGGAGUUUCGACGGCCUGCGCGGUUACUGGGUCACAUGGGAGCGAGGUCAGAGCCAGCGCUCCACCCUGUAUUUACCACCUAACCGGCUGUCCACCACCCUCAACCACGUGCCCUCCAGAGCCCGCGUCUGCGUGUCCCCGGUGUACCGGACGGCCCGCGGGGAGGGGCUCUGCUGCACUGCCUGAAGGCCUCCGCUGUGUUGACCUGGAACCGUGGAGCACCGCUCUGCCAAACACGAGAGAUGGAGGGAUGAACACCAAAAGCUUUCCACAAAUGGACAGAUGGGAGGACAGGGGAGUCCAGGACUCUGUUGGAAAACUCAUCACCCAUAGAUGGUGAUCUUUAAACACAGCAAUACAACAUGCACUGACACACAAACCCCAAACCACACUUCUAAUACAGAGACUGAAUGACUCAGAGCUCAAAAGUGACUUUUAAAGGAAUGUUUCGGGUUCAAUACGAGUCCUAUCGCAGCAUAUUAUCGCACAUAAUUUUGACUCAUCCCCUUAUAAACAACUGUAAUGCACUUGUGGUAGUUUGUAGCAUCCUCGCACAUAUUGAGUGAAAGUGACAGGGUUUUGGCAAAAUUAACCAACUUUCCAAACUGUACAUUUUAACAUUUAUGUGCUAUGUCUCGAACCCAUGAUAUUCCUUUAAUUAAGUUGCUAGAAUGUUUAUACAUUCAAGAAAAUCAAGUUUUUAUUUAGUUAUAUCACCGAAGCUUUGUAAAUAUCCUACUAAUGCUUUUUGAGUUAUAUUUAUCGGAGACAUAGUUGGUUACUGUAUUUUUGUUUUUAGAUUCCUCCAUA